UUUAGGCCUAGCUACAUUAAUAUUCAACUAAGUUAUGCGGUCAAAGGUGUGCUUCUCUUUGACAUAACUCAAAUUUCCUUUAUCUCAUAAGUGAUGGACCGAACACAGGUUUCUGUUCAGUAAUCUGGAAACAAGUGUCGACAUUUCCAGCUGAAAUUGGACGUAGAGGGUGCACCUUUGCGCAGAGACUAGUUUGAUGCUGAGAGGCUCCUCUGGGUGCACAAAGACAGCGGCUCGCUGACGAACUUGUUCAGAGUGAACCGGGGACGCUGGGAGGCGAAAUAAACAAUCUCCGGACUCGAAGUAGCCACGACCGCGUAGUUUUACCUCGUCAAACACACUAAUCCACCACACAUCCAACAAAUACAAGGUUACAGGAGUCUGCUGGUAGGACCGUGUGGUGCAGCAGGCCACUCUUGGCGGCAUGGUGAAGGUCCAGAAGUCAACUAGGAGGAAGAGCUCUCACUGUCUGCGCAGACUGGAGAGUGGUGGUCAGACAGUGAUGGAGGAAGGCCAGCUCCUUUCAGACAGCCAGCAUCCACAACAGGAGGAGCCCCGAAGAGCAGACCAGUCCUCUGAUCAAGCCCAGCUCCAGACCUCUGCUCCAGAUGAGACCGUGUCGGAAACUCCGAUGGAUGACCAGGAGAAGAGCGACUCUGAGGCCCAGCUCCAGGCAAAGCCUCUGUGGAAGCCCAUUCCCCCUCUGAUGCCUGAGUCCCACAGGAGCGGCACCACUGGGACCAGGGACCAAAUCUGCCAGACUGAGGAGUGGCUUCAGCAGACCAGCGCCGGCAGCCACGGUCAUAACACAGGUCUGUGUGUGGAGCCCGGAGAUCCUCCUCUACUCCAGCAGCCUCUGCAGACAUCCAAGUCAGGGAUUCAGCAGAUAAUUGAAUGCUUCCGUUCAGGAACGAGCCAGCUGAAGCACAUGCUGCUGAGGGAGGUGGACACCAUCUUUGAAUGUAAACUGUGUCGCAGUCUGUUCAGAGGCCUGCCCAACCUCAUCACACAUAAAGAGUACUACUGCCUAUCACGGCUGCCUGAACCCGAGGGUCCAUCAGGUGAUGACAGCGUCCCAGCCUUCCCUAGUCUCACUGUUUGUCUCAAUGUCCUUCACAGUGCCAGAGAGAGUCCGGUAGCAUGGGAAGGAGAACCAGUGGAGGGUGUGGACAACAACCAGCCAAGCCAGCCAGGAGGGUCUGAGAGCCACAGCAGCCCGGGACAAAAUCAGGGACAGAAGAAAUGGGAGGCUGAGGAGGAGGCUAAAGAGGAGCAGCCACAGCAAGAAGACGAGGGGUCCACCAGUGGGGUUGAGGAUGUGACAAUCUCUUGUUGUCUCUGCGGUCAGGACUUUAACUCACGCCGCAGCAUCAGACGCCACUGCCGCAAAAUGCACCAGACCAAACUCGAAGAGCUCCGAAAGUUCACAGAGACGCGUACAGUUCCCACAAGCCUACUCUCUAUGGUGAAAGGUCGGCCAAGGACUCUCAGCACACCUACUGGAAAAUCCUGCCCAGUGUGCCUCAAAACCUUCGCUACCAAAGCCAAUGUACGCCGCCAUUUUGACGAGGUGCAUCGUGGUCUACGACGGGACACCAUCACACCCAGCAUCGCCUCACGGCCUGGCCUGCCCUUCUCUCUGGAGGUCACCCCCCCCAGGAAGAGCAACAAUGCCUCUCCAACACGUGGCCACAACUCCAAGUCCACCCCUGUGACCUCUAAAACAACACAUUCCAACCAAAACCAGUCCAAACAACAGAGUCAGCCCAAGCAGUCUUUUCCUUCACAAAGCAAAAAGCCCUUAAUCCCUCAAAAAAAAAAAAAAAAAAAAAAAAAAAAAAAUUUUUUUUCUCAGCUCAUGUUGAAGAGACACAUGCGUAUUGUCCACAAAAUAUACAGCAUCAAAAGUAACAAGUCUGCUACCACGGCAACCUCCUCUACUCCGGCAGCCACACCUAACAGUAGCAGCGCUAACUUAGGCCCAAGCAACAACAUCCGAGUGAAAGAGGAAGCAGUAGAACCUUCAGAUGAAGAUGACGACGACGGGGAGGACGUUGACAGUAGUCCGGCCCCUUCUCCCAGUGACAGCACUGACACAGCUAAACGGGUUUCUGUGGCACACAACACCAUGAAGGUGAAGGAAGAGGAGGCCCCGUCGAGCCCAAAGAUGACGCCAUCCUUAUCUGCGUCAUCCUCGCGUGGUGGCAACAUGUGCAGCGGGGGUGUGCCCGCCAAAAUGACCAAACUGUCAGUGGGUUUUGACUUCAAGCAGCUCUUCUGCAAGCUGUGCAAGCGACAGUUCAGCUCACGUCAGAACUUAACAAAGCACAUUGAGCUGCACACGGACGGCAACGACAUCUUCAUCAAGUUCUACCGCUGCCCUCUCUGUCGCUACGAGUCACGUCGCAAACGUGACGUCCUGCGUCAUGUGACCGUGGUCCACAAGAAGUCAUCUGGUUACCUCGGCAAGAUCAUGCCCAAACUGGAGAGCAGGGCGGUGAAGAGGCUAGCUGAGGUAGUCCUCAACAGUACGACCCCCAACAAGAGGACAAGUGGCAGCGUCAAAGAGGAAUUAAACGGACGUCACGCUUCUUCGCCAUCCUCCUCCUCUUCUUCACCCCCUGUUACUCGCAAGCUAGAGUGCUCCACGGCUGCCCCAACUACUUCAUCAGCUUCCUCUUCCUCCGCCCCGCCUCCUGCCCCUGUCACUCGGAAACAGCUGGACCUCUCAUCGCCAGCGGUCACCCCGUCCCCUCCUGUCACCCGUAAGCAGGAGAGGGAGCAGACCCACCAGCCUCGUCCCAUCAGCCCCCCGCUGACCCGCCGCAGUGAAAAACACACACACCAACGCAACUCCUCCUCCACCACUCCACCCAGCAACCAAACCCCACACACCCGACGGCACGACACCCAGUCAGAGAGCAGCGGCACCGGGUCGUCGUCCUCCACUGAAGUCAGAGUGACCAAGAAUUUCUCCCUCCAUGCCUGCGACCAGUGUGGACGGGCCUUUGCCAAGAAGCUGUACCUGGAGUCUCACAAGCGAAGUCAUCGUAACGCUGUGACCGCAGCAGCCAGCAAGAGGAAAGGAGUCAGCACCCGCUCCAAAUCCCUGGUCUGGUGAAACACACACACACUCUUCUGCCGGGGAUAAUGGACGAGUGAGCCUCUAACAAUGAAGAAGCGAAUCAAAACUUUUAAUUGGGAGAAUAAUGGACGAAUAGAACGAGCACAGAGCAGAAAUGAAGGAAACAAACAAAAGGAACAAUGGAGCACGAUAGAGGAGUGAAGUACAAAGGAUUUUCAGCUUUUGCUUAAGAACCAAUCAUUUUGUUGGAAUCUGACUUUUUUUUGUAUAGGUUUAUUAUGAAGCCAGCCAGCUUGCUGAACAGUGGCGCUGCUAUCCAUGAAGAGAUUGUAGCGAACACAAGAUUCACUCCCACUGUAUAUAUCUGCAUUUACUUACAACAGUAUGUCUGUGUAGAUCCAUAUGCAGGUGACUGAUUUGUACUUGGUAGCAAAGGGAUACAGAUAGUGUGUGUGUGUGUGUGUGUGUGUGUGUGUGUGUGUGUGUGUGUGUGUGUGUGUGUGUGUGUGUGUGUGUGUGUGUGUGUGUGUGUGUGUGUGUGUGUGUGUGUGUGUGUGUGUGUGUGUGACAGAGGGACUCAAAACUGGAUCGUGACCUCCACAGAAAAUAGACUGGAAACAGCAGAAUAUUGUACCCUUGCUGUCCCGCACAGAUACACAAAACAUAUUUGGGUCUUUGGCUAUUAGCAUUGUCACAUCACUUUUCUGUAUAUUCACACCUUAUAUAGUUUUUUAGGGUGUUAACAAUUUGAUAUAUUCAGUACUACUUGCUCAACAUUACGACAGAUUUAAAAAAUAUAUAUAUGUAUAUAUAUAUAUUCCCUGACAUUUUCCCACUGACGAUUGGAACACUGUUGUGUCCUGUUAUCUAACAGAGAAACCAUAGCCAACGUGUUUCCACCAAGUCUUUAGAAGGCUAGCUGCUUGCUUUUGAGUUGAAAAUUACUUAUACAGUAUCUUCUCAUGCAAAUGUUGCUACUGAAAAUUCCAGUAAUAAUAUUCUUCACACAAGCAGUCCAUAGACAGAUUUAGUUAUAUCUGCUUUGUAGUGACCAACUGCAUCUGGAGUGAAUUGUUGGAAUUGUAUGGUCAAAAUAAAGGAAACCCCUAAUAGAUUUUUCUGUUUACCUUGAAAAUGUUUGUGAUUUAAAAAGAUUUUUCUUACAUCUCACUCUUAUGUUCUGCUUUUUUUGUUUGACUGCAUGUGAAAAAAAAAAAACGUGUACAGGGUGUUUCCUUUACUUUGACCAUGCCCUGUUUUAUCUCCAUAUAUUAGCUGUAGUCCCAGUAAAAGCCUGGUUGUACGAGAACCGUCAGGCUAUGUGAAGCAAGGCUUCAAUAAGACACGAGUCUGUGAACUGACGGAGUUCUGUUCUGAAAUGAGGCAACCAUUUCUGGAGAAAAGUGUCCCCUUCCCUCACUCUCAAGUAUGAUGACAUUUUUUUUUACAAAUGCUUAAUGGAUUUAAUCAAAUUCAUUUUCUUCCAAAUAUGAAUUCAUCUUUAUUAUAACCGCUCAGUUCAGACUGUAAGGUGUGCUACCACGGGGGAAACAUUCAAACUAUCAAAUUAACACCAUUGUUAACACUCGCACUGGUGUUAAUGUGUGAGAAUCGAAGUUACAGUGAGCAGGAAAGACGGGACUGCACACAGUAUUAAGGAGUAAUGUGCGUUUUGUUUUUGGUGUUACAGUAACAGCCGCAGUGCAUUAGAUUUUAGAAACCAUUAACUGGAAGAAUUUCUUUUCUGUGUUCAGUGAAAUAUUGUUGACCGCCGUCAUCUUGCUUGUCGCUAAGCAGAAAGCUGACCCUAGAUGCUAUGCUGACACGUCUCAGCUGUAGUGCCUAAGCAUCAGGUGUAACAGGUUUGGAUUGACGCCAGCUGUUUGGGAAUCUACCGUUUGUGGUGCUAAUCCUGAUUUUAUUAUGGGCCAAAAUGUGGGAGCUGUAAACAUGGGGGUGAA